GCACCUUCUGAUAUGACGUCACACGCCGCUGCUCGGAACCCGGACGGAGGAAACGGAGCUAACUAGCGGAUAAAUUCGGACCGUCAUGGCACUGGGAGACUGUUGGAAGCAACUGUCCUGGUUCUACUACCAGUACCUGCUGGUGACGGCGCUCUAUAUGCUGGAGCCCUGGGAGCGGACGGUGUUCAACUCGCUGCUCGUCUCCGUGGCUGCCAUGGCCGUCUACACCGGAUACGUCUUCAUGCCGCAGCACAUCAUGGCCAUCCUGCACUACUUCGAGGUGGUCCAGUGACUCCGCCCCCUCACCUGUCUGUCCUUCUCCUGGCCGUCAGUCCUGGAGCCUCAGAUCUGAACUGUUGAGGACCUGGAGCUGCUGGACGAAGGUGUUUCUGGUCUUCCUCACGGUUAGAAGACGUCUGAAGGACAGAACUGUCGUCUCUCCGGUCUGAGAGCCAAAUCCGAUCAUUAGAUGUUCAACUUUCUGUCCACUUCAGAGUCUUCUGUCUCCACAAACCGUCUGUAAUAAGAAACAUGUUUGAUCUCUACGUCUUUGUUUGUGUCUGAAACCUUCUGGUAAACCAAAGACUGUGAACUGGUCCAGUCCCUGAGUCCUUCUGAAGCACAACGUUCAGCCGGUUUCCUUUUGAGGCGUCUUCUCUGAACCGGUUUCAGCAGGAAUCUGAAUCUGUUGACUCUAAGCUGUCAGACGCUGCUCGGUGUCGCAGCUUUCAGAUUUCAGGUCGUCUUUCAGCCCUAAGAUGUAAAAAAUCAGCUGCAGAUGAAGACAUUAAAUCCAAAUCUUUCUCAGUUUCUGCUGCUCUCGGAUCAGUUUCAUUGGAAGCAGUAAUAUUGUGAUAUUUUUUCUUGUUUUUUGUCCUUUUCUUUCCCGUCGUUUGUCCAUUUUUUUUGUCACUUUGGAACAUUUUUUCCAUAAAUGACACUCUGGUCGAUCUGCAUCUUUAUGAGCUGAAAUAACUUCAGUUUAAACUCCAAACCUGCUCACAGGAAACAUUCCAGAAAGACAAUAAAUCUCUUUAACCAGUUUUUUUGGUUCAUUUUCUUGAGUAUAGUCGACUUUUUUUGUUCAAAUAACAGUGAAAUAAAGAUUUCUGUCUCCAAUUAAAGAUCAUGUAUUCAGUGAGAAAUAAACUAAACUUUAGAAGCUUUUUAAUGUUUCAGAUAAAAAUGUUUUUAGAGAAAACGGCUCCAGAGUUUCUGUAAAAAUGGAACAUCUGGAGGAGAGUUUGGAGCAAAGGGACGGAUUUUCCUCCAGAGAAUCUGAAGACUUUCAGUUUGUUUAAUAUUUCUGAGGAAGCUCAGCAGAGACGGUUUGUUGUGGAUUUAAUGUUAAUACAGAACAGAAAACUUUAUUUAAAACCACUCCUCAGAUGACGGUUUCUUCUUUUGGCACAGAAACUUCAGAUGAAUUCCAUUUGUUCGUGAUCUUUCUGUCCUCUCACUGCCUCUGGAAAUGAUUUGAUCCUGAACUGUAUUUUCCUCAGCUGUGUAUAAACUCUUGUAAACAUAUUUGUAAAGUUUUCUAGUGUAGAUGAGAUGUUUGUGUGUUUGUGAUGCUACAAAUGAGAACAUUAAAGGGAGCUUUCUCUAAACUCA